UUAAUGUCUUAACCUCUGUUCAAAGAUCAACCAUAAAAUUGCAAUUUGCUGAAAUACGAUUAAACAACAACUAUAUCGCAGAAGUCAGAAUGAGGUAACUAACAUGUUAUUAUUCACGGAAUACUCAUUUCUUCUCUGUGUUAAAUAAUAUUCCUAUUCUUCAUUUUAUUUAAUUUCUCUAAGGCUCUUCGGAUACUGAACUACACAGGGUUCCUUUAUUACCUUUCGACUUUUAUCACCGAUAAAACCAUGGCGUUGAGGCAGCUAACUGAAGCAGAUUGUGGUCAAAGUAACGCAAUUGUCCAACUUACAUCGCAUUUGACACAGGAUCAUGGAUUGAGGGAAAAUUAUAGACAAAAUGUGUUUCCCAGUAGCUCUGAUCAACUUGUCGAACAGUUCCUUGCGGAAACGAGGGCUGCUCCACAAUCUUUUCGAAUGGAUGAUUUGAUGCGGGAAAUGCACGAAAUUGAAUCUCAACGUGCCUCACUGCCGCCUGUACCUGCGGUCGCUAUCAAAGAUCACCUGCACGACAAUAAUUGGGCUCUGGAAUAUUCGAAGCAAAGCGAUCAUGGCCCUUUCGGGGCUUUUGACGUAGCAGCCAAUGAAGCUGUGUGGGCGGAAAUUAGUGCACGAGAAAGGGAUCAGAGUAUGAUAGACAACCAGUGGUUUCAAGAGUACGAUAAUAAUUUUGAGACCAAUCAACAACUAAUUCAAAGUGAUGCAAUGUUAAACUCAACUGAUGACCCAAAAUUUGCUUACUCAAAGUUCUUAAAAUUCAUGAAGCAAGUUGAUGACGAUAAUGCAGUUUUGGAAGAUCCACUAGCUAAAUCAUGGUCAGAGGAAUACGCAAAGUCGGCAAAUGAUACUUUAAAUAUCAUGAACGAGGUGUGGGAUGGGCAACAUGUGGCCACGAACGAUGACAACUCCAAUAGCCAGUUUUGGGAUAAACUGCAAGACGAAUGGAGAAAGUUAGCUGAAAAUGAUUCGCACGCUGAACAUCCUUGGGUAUCUGAGUUCGAAAAUUAUUGUGAUCCUUAUAAGGAGUAUGAAUUUACCGAGAAUAACCCUAUGUCUGACACUAACUCGCCAUUAAGCGAAGGAAAAGAUUUGCUUGAAAAAGGCGAUUUACCAGGUGCCGUACUUUGCUUCGAAGCCGCCGUUCGGCAAGAUCCAAGCUGUGCAGAAGCCUGGCAGUUAUUAGGGACGACACAAGCUGAAAAUGAACAGGACCCUAACGCAAUUUGUGCCUUAAAGAAAUGCUUAGAAUUGGAGCCGAACAAUUUGAAAGUUCUCAUGGCAUUGGCGGUGAGCUAUACAAACGAAAAUUACCACCAUCAAGCUUGUCAGUCGUUAGUAACAUGGUUGAAAAAUCAUCCCGAAUACUCUUCCGUGGUACCUGCAGAUUUUCAAUUAUCUGGGCAAGUUACAAGUUUGCUUGAUCAGGAACAACAUACAAUGGUACAAGAUUUAUUUAUUAAAGUAGCGCAAAGGCAGCCGAUUAAUCCUGACUAUGAAGUGCAAUGUGGUCUCGGUGUUCUUUUCAAUUUAUCCAAUGAGUAUGAUAAAGCAGUCGAUUGUUUUCGAGUCGCACUAAAUGUUAAACCUGAAGAUUCUCGAUUAUGGAACCGACUAGGAGCGACAUUAGCAAACGGCAAUAAGCCGGAAGAAGCUGUGGAAGCAUAUCACCAUGCUCUAAAUAUAUCUCCAGGCUUUAUAAGGGCUCGGUACAAUGUCGGAAUUACAUGUGUCAAUUUGGGAGCGUACAAAGAAGCGGCAGAGCACUUUUUAAUGGCUUUAAAUCAACAAGCGAGAGGAUCCAAAGCGGGUAAUUCUAAAAUUCAAAUGUCCGAAACGAUUUGGGCAACAUUGCGUAUGUGUCUCUCACUGAUGCAUCGAUCUGAUCUAAGACCUGCUGUGGACAAUAGAGAUUUGACGCUACUAAAUGAAGCGUUUCACUUAAAUGAAUAAAUUAUUUAAUGCUUCCUAGUACGGUAGCAGAACCUUGAAUAUUGCUUACGUUCACCAGACGAAGUGCUUCAUGAGCGCUACCUAAAGGCGGAAAUACUCUAGCAAGGUUUUUCGCGCGAGGUGCUGUCUGACAGCACUGUCGAGGUGUACAUACCACUGUAAGUCGAACAUACGGUGGUAGUUACAUCUUGACAGUGCUAUCAGACAGCACCUCGCGCGAGAAAUCUUGCUAGAGUAUUCUAGCCUUUAGGUAGCGCUUCGUCUGGAGAACGCGCCCAUUGUAUUUGAUCAUUUACAUGAACUAUAUGUGUAAUUCGUGGUUCUACUAUCGUUGCCUACCUAUAUUUGUUAAUGAAUUGUUAUAAUUAUUUAAGUUCGUGUCUUUUGUUCGUGAGAAGAGAAGGUUUUAUGUUAACUAAAGAAAUACAUAGAAAUGCUAUAUUCA